AUGGCUCAGAGUGACCUCCUCUACCCAGAGAACCCAAGGAGGCGGCAGGAAGUAAACCGCCUUCACCAGCAGCUCCUUGACUGCUUAUCUGACAGCUUCUAUGCCACCAAUAAGCUGACAGAAGUUCUAAAUAUGCACCUGGGGUGCAGGCUGGAUGCUAUUGAGAUGAAAAGAGAUGGAACCAUCAAAGAAAAUUGUGAUAUCAUCAUCCAAGCCAUGACAAAAAUCCAAAAGGAACUGCAAAAGGUUGAUGAAGCACUAAAAGAUAAACUAGAGCCAACUCUUUAUAGAAAACUUCAGGAUAUUAAGGAAAGGGAAAAUGAGAAAAUUGCACUGGUACAAAAGGUUAUUUCUGUCAUCCUGGGAGAAGCUACAUCUGCAGCCAGUGCAGUGGCUGUUAAACUUGUGGGCUCAAAUGUCACAACGGGCAUCAUAAGUAAGUUGGUCACUGUGUUAACUCAAAUUGGUGCCUCUCUUCUUGGCAGCAUUGGAGUUGCUGUUCUUGGCCUUGGCAUAGAUAUGAUCUUCCGUGCUAUCCUGGGAGCAGUGGAGAAAACACAGCUUGAAGCAGCUAUCAAAAGUUAUGAGAAGCAUCUGGUGGAGUUCAAGACAGCCUCAGAAAAAUAUCAUCAUGCCAUUACUGAGGUCACCAACACAGUGAAACGCCAAAUGAAAUGAACUAUCAUUUUAUUUGCCCCUGAGAUAUUUCUCUACUACCUUUUCAAUGAUGCAUGUCUGCUUCUUUGGUUUAUUUUUCAUUUACUUCCAAUAUGGAUAUAAAUAGGGUAAAUAAUUUCGA